AUGGUAUUCAAAACCUUGUUAUUAUUCUCAUUGUUACCAAUCGUCGUUGUAGCACAACAACACGCUCAAGAAAACCGGGUCCAGCAGAGCGCCGGUGGACAGACCACAUUCUUUCAACAACAGCAGCAUCAACAAUAUCCCUCAAACUCACAAACAACAAACUCAUGCUGUCAGCCAAUGCAGCCACAACAGCUCCCUGCACCGGUUCAAACGAGAACUCAAACGACAAAAACAUGGCAAAUCAGCGGCUAUUCUGCUCGUCAACAAUCCCCGCAAUCCCCCCAUUCACAGCCACAGAUCAACAAUCACAAUGUGGAGUACAGAAAUGUCGAGGGUCAGAGUGGUGGGGAAUCUUUACGAAUCGACUACAACAGUGGGCGGUGUGUGGUCACCCUGGAUACCAUAACCGAGAAUGGAGUGCCAAGAGGACUCGACGCGCACAGUAAAGCGAAAUUUCGAUCGUACGCUGAUCAAUUGAAUAGCUGGCAACAUCAAUUGAGAGGAAAACUAAGCCGAGAUGGGGAUGGACAACAGGGAACCCAUUGGAAUAACGAGCCAAGAGUGCCCGAUUGCCCGUGUGCGGCUCAAUUUUGCGGCCAAGCUAACACACAAAAUUCCCCUCAAAAUCAACAAUCGAAUUGGCCACAACCGGCUAGUUUGAACUCGCAAAGCCAGCAACAGCAAACACACACGACGCACAGCUACGAGUUUCAGUUUAACAAUGGGCGCUGCGUUUUGAAGGAUGGUCAAGUGACCGAGGACGGUCGCCCGCGUGGAUUGAAUGCCAAUGAAAGAGCGAAACUCGACGAGUUCAAGCGACAAUUCGAUCAAUAUAGCCAACGACUUCACAAUGAAAUGAAGCAGAAGUUCAACUCGUACCUGACUCGAGACAGCAAUCAACACCAGCAACAGGGAUCGGGAUCAUUGGUGAUUCGCGAGUUCACGCCCUCAUCACCUCCUGAACCACCAUGUCUCUGCUCGGAAGUGGCUUGUGGAAAACAA